CGAGAGAGGUAUUCAAUCUAGAUGUUGAUGUUCUCUUUAUCAACAACGUUUUCACCCAAAUGCUUCCCGAUAUCGUCGGAAACACGACGGCGCUGUUCCUCACCUUUGCUAACAACAAUUUCACCGGUCCGAUUCCAAGCAGCAUUGGCAAAGCCAAGAACCUCCUAGAAGUGCUUUUCCUCAACAACCAGCUCUCAGGGUGCUUGCCGCAUGAAAUCGGCUACCUAAACAAGGCCACCGUCUUCGAUGCCGGUUUCAACCGGUUAACGGGUCCGAUACCUUUCUCCUUCGGAUGCUUGAUGAAGAUCGAGAUCCUGAACUUUACCGUCAAUGAAUUGUACGGCGCGGUGCCGAAGAUUGUCUGCAAACUCCCCAACAUUGCAAAAGAACUUCAUUUCAGGCGUCCGGAUCAAAGACCAGGAACAAAAUGCGCUGCAUUCUUCUCUAAACGCAAGUAUUGUCCCAACGAGAAGUUGAUGAAAUGGAUUCCUUGUAAGAAAGAGUUGAGUUGGAACAGAAUGGGAACGAGUUCGGAGCAGAAGAAAAGUAGUGGUCCUGCAUCAGUAGGGUUCACAUAUGGGACUCUUGUCGCACAUGGACCGUUGUUCAAUGAUGGUGCUAUUGCAAAGUGUUUCUCUAGUGGCAGCAACGGGGCUGGUUGUGAUAUAUUUUGUGUUUCAGUUCUAGUUGGAAGGCCAGGCUGCUCGCGGUACGGAGGUAGGCUGCGACCAGCCUGUGCUGGGUUCAUCGACCCUGCUUUUUGCUGUUCUCCUCUCACCGGCACUUGUCUCUGCUUUCACCGGCGCUUGUCUCUGCUCUCACCGACGCCGGUCACCUUUCAUGUGCCUCCUGUUCUGCAAUUGGCCUUCACUGCUUCUUCACAGCUCACACUUCACAUUCACAGCUUCUCCCACCUGAGCACAGUUUUUGGAGAAUCAUUACAUGUUGAAGGUGCAAGUGGAGGAAUUGAUUUGGAGUCUAUUGGUGAAGAAAAUGAUGAAAAUUAUGAUGUUGAAAAUGAUUUCUGUGAACGUGAUGCAUGGUUCAAUGAAGAUCCUCCUAAUUUAAGGAGAAAUGAAUGAACAAGUCAUUUAUUAGUUUAUUUUAUUUGUAUUUGAAACUUAAAUGAAUUGUUAUCUAUUUAGAUUUAAGCCUUUUUUAGACAUCUUUUUCUAUUUGUUUUUGGAUUUGAAACUUGUAUUAUUUGCUUGCUUACUUGAUUUUUUUCAUAUGUAUUUUGUUUUGAGAAUUAGUAUUGAGAUUAUUUGAUGAGUUUGUAAGGUAAAAAAUAUAAUAUAUUUAUGUUA